UUAAAAACAGCAAGCAGACUUCUGAAAGAAGAGAAAGAGGAUACGUGAUCACGCAAAGGACUUCUUUUCUAUUUCCACAAGACUUUUUUUUUUAUUAUUUCUAUUUCUUGAUCUUCAAGGACUUCAGUUUGACAUUUCAGCCAUGAUGCUGUGUGGCAUCUUUUUGCUGCUGAUGCUCUGGAGUUGUGAGGGCGCGCACUUGGCAGAGAGCCGGGACGACAACAGCAUGUUCGACCUGUUCCAGCUGGUCCGGGUCGGCAAGAGACACAGCGGAGUGAGCCUGGUGAAGGGCGCGGAUCCAAACAGCAACGCGUACAAGAUCCUGAAAGCCGACCUGAUCCCCCGCGUCCCCGACAGCUCCUUCAGGGACCUGCUGGACUCCAUCCAGGCCGAGCGGGGCUUCCUCCUCCUGGCCAACCUCAAGCAGUUCAAGAAGACCCGGGGAAGCAUCCUGACCAUCGAGAAGACCGACGGAUCCGGACCCGUUUUCGAGAUCAUCUCCAACGGGAACGCCAACACGCUGGACCUGGUGUACUCCACCCACAGCCAGCAGCAGGUGGUCUCCAUCGAGGACGCGGACCUGGCCACGGGCCACUGGAAGAACAUCACCCUGUUCGUGCAGGAUGACCGCGCGCAGCUCUUCGUGGGCUGUGAUCAGAUCAACGACGCGGAGCUGGAAGUGCCCAUCCAGACGGUCCUGUCCAGGAAUGUGGCAGACAUGGCCAGGCUCAGGAUCGGAAAGGGGGCUGUGAGGGACAAGUUCAUGGGAGUUCUCCAGAAUGUGCGCUUUGUCUUUGGCCCGACUCUGGAUGCCAUCCUGAGAAAUAAAGGAUGUCAAAGUGGAGCUAUCUUGACUGAUGUUCUGACUCUGGACAACCCAGUGAAUGGCUCCCAGCCCGCCAUCAGGACCGAUUACACCGGACACAAAACCAAAGACCUGCAGGCUGUCUGCGGCUACUCCUGCAGCGACAUCGCCUUCAUGUUUAAGGAGCUCAACGGACUGAACGUGGUCAUCAAGCAGCUGUCAAAUGAACUUCAGAAAGUGACCAAUGACAGCCAUUACCUGAGAGAGCAAAUCCGAAGCCGCAACGGCGUUUGCAUCCACAACGGCAUCGUGCACCAGGACAAAGACGAAUGGACCGUGGACGGCUGCACCGAGUGCACCUGCCAGAACUCUGCUACUGUGUGUCGUAAAAUCUCCUGCCCUCUGAUCCCAUGCACUAACGCCACCGUGCCCGACGGCGAGUGCUGCCCUCGCUGUGGACCUCCAAAUGACUACGCUGAGGAUGGCUGGUCCGAGUGGUCUUACUGGACUCAUUGUUCAGUGACCUGUGGCCGUGGCAUCCAGCAGCGCGGACGCUCCUGCGACCGCAUCAACAGCAAGUGUGAGGGCACUUCCGUCCAGACCCGUGACUGCUACCCACAGGAAUGUGACAAACGCUUCAAACAGGAUGGAGGCUGGAGCCACUGGUCGCCCUGGUCUUCGUGCUCCGUGACCUGUGGUGAGGGGGUCAUCACCCAAAUCCGCCUCUGCAACUCCCCCACGCCACAGAUGGGAGGCAAAGACUGCCAGGGAGAGGGACGUCAAACCAAAGUCUGCAAGAAGUCGCCCUGUCCGAUCAACGGAGGCUGGGGCCCUUGGUCACCCUGGGACACCUGCAGUGUUACAUGUGGUGGAGGAACUCAGAUGCGUAAACGUCUGUGCUCCGACCCCGCCCCCAAAUAUGGUGGAAAGGACUGCGUUGGCGACGCAAGUGUGACGCAGCUUUGCAACAAACAGGAGUGCCCCAUCGACGGCUGUCUCUCCAACCCCUGCUUCCCCGGUGCGAAGUGCAUCAGCUUCCCCGACGGCUCUUUCAAGUGUGGCAGGUGUCCUCUCGGCUACACCGGCAAUGGCGUCAACUGCAGAGACAUCGACGAAUGCAAAGAGGUCCCCGAUGCCUGCCAUACCCAUAAUGGAAUCCACCGCUGUGAGAACACCCAGCCGGGAUACAACUGUCUACCGUGUCCUGCGCGAUUCUCCGGUCCUCAGCCCUAUGGAAGAGGAGUGGAGGAGGCCACGGCGAAAAAACAGGUGUGCCAACCCCGUAACCCUUGCCAAGACGGUAGCCACAACUGCCACAAACACGCCAACUGCAUCUACCUGGGCGUCUUCUCCGAGUCCAUGUUCCGCUGCGAGUGUAGGCCAGGGUACGCAGGCAACGGUCGUAUCUGUGGCGAGGACACUGACCUGGAUGGAUGGCCAAACACCGACCUGGUGUGUGUGGCGAACGCCACCUACCACUGCAAGAAGGACAACUGCCCCAACCUUCCCAACUCUGGUCAGGAAGAUCACGACAAAGACGGCCUGGGUGAUGAGUGCGACAACGAUGACGACAACGACGGGAUCCCCGAUGAUAGGGACAACUGCCAAAGAGUGUACAACCCCGCCCAGUACGACGCUGACAGGGAUGAAGUUGGUGACAGUUGUGACAACUGCAUAUUUGAAGCCAACACCGACCAAACCGACACUGACAACAAUGGCGAGGGCGAUGCCUGUGCUGUUGACAUCGAUGGGGAUGGCAUUCUGAAUGAGAACGACAACUGCCCGUACGUCUACAACGUGGACCAGAGGGACACCGACAGGGACGGGGUGGGAGACCACUGCGAUAACUGCCCACUGGAGCACAACCCCGAUCAGAUUGACUCUGAUUCAGACAACGUAGGAGACAAGUGCGACAACAACCAGGACAUUGAUGAAGACGGCCACCAGAACAACUUGGACAACUGCCCUUACAUCCCCAACGCCAACCAGGCCGACCACGACAAGGACGGCAAGGGUGACGCUUGUGACCACGACGAUGACAAUGACGGCAUUCCUGAUGACAAAGACAACUGUAGACUGGUCUUCAACCCCGAUCAAGUGGACUCUGAUGGUGAUGGCCGAGGCGAUGCGUGCAAAGACGAUUUUGACGCCGACAAAGUUUUGGACAUCUACGACGUUUGCCCAGAGAACUUCGACAUCAGUGAAACAGACUUCCGCCGAUUCCAGAUGGUUCCUCUGGACCCCAAGGGCACGUCUCAGAUUGACCCGAACUGGGUGGUCCGGCAUCAGGGCAAGGAGCUGGUGCAAACUGUCAACUGCGACCCUGGCAUUGCUGUUGGUUACGACGAGUUCAACGCGGUGGAUUUCAGCGGAACGUUCUUCAUCAACACCGACAGAGACGACGACUACGCCGGCUUCGUGUUCGGCUACCAGUCCAGCUCCCGCUUCUACACUGUGAUGUGGAAACAGAUCACGCAGACGUACUGGUCUUCCACGCCCACGAAAGCUCAAGGCUACUCCGGCUUGUCGAUCAAGGUGGUCAACUCCACCACAGGGCCCGGCGAGCACCUGAGGAACGCCCUGUGGCACACCGGAGACACGGCAGGACAGGUCCGCACUCUGUGGCACGACCCCAAGAACAUCGGCUGGAAAGACUUCACCGCCUACAGAUGGCACCUGACCCACAGACCCAAGACUGGACUCAUCAGAGUGGUCAUGUACGAAGGCAAGAGAAUCAUGGCUGAUUCUGGAAACAUCUAUGACAAGACGUACGCUGGUGGGCGACUAGGCUUGUACGUCUUCUCUCAGGAGAUGGUUUACUUCUCAGAUCUCAAAUAUGAAUGUAGAGAUACAUAAUCAAACCAGCGUGAAGCAGUGAUGCAAGACCUGGACUGAUUUCUGUUAAACUUUUGCAAAAUGCACAUGGGAGGUAUGACGAGCAAGUGAGCUGACGUGAGGUAAAGCGACCUCUGGAGCUAAAGCCAAAUGAAAGUUCAAUGAUAAUUCUGCACCACUGCACCAAACUCAAAUUGCGAGCAUGUCUCUGCUCAGAAGAAAUUGGCUCUCUCACUCUUUUUGCUCUGAUCUGCAUUGAAAGAGGGCCACAUUUUAUCGCUUUGCACACCUGAACUGUUGGUGGUGUUCCUCUGUGGAUGAGGAACCAAAGGGACGAGUGUUUUUUUUUUUUUUUUUUUUUUUUUUUUGUUUGUUUUUGUUUUUUUACAUUUUUUUAACAAAGAAAAAUAUUUUUGAGCAUUAUCAUACAUCUGCUGUGGACUCAAAGAUACUUCUUUAAGUAUGAAGAAAGCGGUAGGAGAUAUUAUUUUUUAGGCUGGGGUUAAAAAAAAAAAGACCCUUUGAAGGAACUGUUGAGGGACCAUGGACAGUAUGGACUGAUUGUUUUUAUCAGAGAGUGAAUGUUGUUUGUGUGUUUGUGCAUGUGUUCCACAAAUGGGAAAACAAAAAGCGUAGUUAACAAAGACAACAAUUGAAAUCGUUGUGAUGAUGCCCUUCAAUACAGACGUGUACAGAUGUAUUUGAGCACAGUGUAGGGCUGGCCCAGAACAUUAGUCUUCUCAGGAAAGAGCACAAGGAGAAACAAGGAGGGCAUGAAAUUCAGGACAGCACAGGGCUCCACAGCAGGCACAUUACACACUGCUUGGAAAUAGUAAAUACUAGCAAAUAUUGUGUUGAUAUCUCUCACUUAAUGGACGUGUCAAGGGACAAAAACAGCAAGGGCCAGUCUAGAAGAUCAUCCGCUGUUUGUAUUUAGGCUUAAUUCUUCAUUUCUGCACCUUAUAAUUAUUUCAUAUCAUCA